CUUCUCUCUCUCUCUCUGGCGCAAAUUAACUGCCAUUUCGAAAAACCAGAAGGAAAACAGAGAGAGGGAGCUCGCUCUUUCUCACCCACCUCUCACUUCUCAUAAACGCACUCUGUUUUCUCCCCUGCUUUUCUCCCUGGCAUUUAUCCCUCUUUGCUCACAGACCAAGGCCACCACCACCCCCCCUAAGAUUCUCACAGAGUCUCUCUCUCUCUCUCUAUCUCUCGUCUUCUCUUUAAAUGCCCACUUCAUCCCACUCCAAGACUUCCCCAUCAAAGAAACAGAGCAUUGCAGAACCAAGAAACAGGGGAAGCAUAAAAGAAAGCCACUGAAUAGAGUCCUCUCUCUCUCUCUCUCUCUCUCUCUCUUUCUCACUUCACCUUCCUCCUCCAUUUCUUGGUUUUCUUGUUAAAGAGACCAAACAUGGGUUCGGGUUCUUGCGGAGACCAAGAACUGGAAGACGAGCGAAGAACGGACGAGCCUAUGCUCGUGAACGGGCCCAUCAUCAUCGGUGCAGGGCCCUCCGGCCUCGCCGUCUCGGCCUGCCUCUCCGAGCGAGGAGUCCCUUCCCUUAUCCUGGAGAGGAGCGACUGCAUCGCCUCCCUCUGGCAAAACAAGACCUACGAUCGCCUCAAGCUCCACCUGCCCAAGCAGUUCUGCGAGCUCCCGCUCCUCCGCUUCCCUCAAAACUUCCCGAAGUACCCGACGAAGCACCAGUUCGUCUCCUACCUGGAGUCCUACGCUUCCCACUUCGAGAUCAGGCCCAUCUUCAAUCAGACGGUCCAGAGGGCCGAGUUCGACGAGUCUCGCGGGUUGUGGAGGGUCCGGACUCGGGAGGGGCUCGAGUGCAGCUCGAGGUGGCUAGUGGUGGCCACGGGGGAGAAUGCCGAGCCGGCGACGCCGGACGUGGCCGGGCUCGAGCGUUUCCAGGGGCGGGUCGUCCACACGAGCGGGUACAAGUCGGGGUCGGAGUUCAGGGGCCAGCGGGUCUUGGUGGUGGGCUGCGGCAAUUCAGGCAUGGAGGUCAGCUUGGACCUCUGCAGGCACAAUGCCACUCCUCACAUGGUGGUUCGCAACACUGUACAUGUUCUGCCCAGAGAAAUGCUUGGGUUCUCAACAUUCGGAGUGGCCAUGGCACUGUUCAAAUGGCUCCCUCUAAGAUUGGUGGACAAGAUCCUCCUCCUAAUCGCCAACGUCACCUUGGGCAACACCGACCAAUUGGGCCUCCGGCGGCCCAAGACCGGGCCGCUCGAGCUCAAGAACAUCACCGGAAAGACCCCCGUCCUCGACGUCGGCGCCCUCUCGCAGAUAAAGUCCGGCAAAAUCAAGGUGAUGGAAGGAGUGAAGAAGAUAACCAAGAAUGGGGCUAAGUUUUUGGAUGGGCAAGAGGAGGAGUUUGAUUCCAUAAUCCUGGCAACUGGGUACAAGAGCAAUGUCACUAGUUGGCUCAAGGGGGUUGAUUCCUUCUCCAAAGAAGGCAUGCCCAAGACACCAUUUCCGAAUGGUUGGAAAGGGGGUGAUGGGUUGUACACCGUCGGAUUCACGAGGAGAGGCAUCCUUGGGACCGGCUGCGAUGCAAUCAAGAUCGCUGGAGACAUCGCCGAUCAGUGGAGAUCAAGCAUCGAGGAAAGCAACCAAGAUAUGCAUAAUUGCCACAUUAUCCACCUCCAAAAACCAUGAUCGACCGACCCCAAAAAUAUAAAAGGAAAAAAAAACAGAAGAAAAUAACUUGACCUUCCUAAAAAAGGGCAAAAGAAAAGAAGAAGAAGAAGAAGCUAUGUUUUAUGGGUCAACGCCGGAGUCAAGCUAGGGUUUGGCAAGUUUGUAUUUAUUCUUCACUUAGGUUUGAGGAUAUCUUUUCUUCUUCUUUUUUUCCUUUGCCCUUUUUUUGUUGGCCCUUUUCUUGCAACAUUCGGUUCUUGUUGUAAAUACUCCAAUUUUGCUAGCUCUCUUUGUAUGUUUGUCGACCUCAUGUGAUCCGAAAAGGAGAAGUGUUUGAGCAAA